AUGCCAUUCACUGCCACAGUCGAAUCCACCGCGGCCGUCUCCGCUCUCAACACAGGAACCGCAGGCGACGGGCAAGUGAGACGACGGCUACACCAUAUUCCCCGUCCCGCCACCAAAGACGCCGAGCGAAGAUGGCUUCUCGAGCAGAUGGCGGGCGCGUUUCGCAUCUUCGCCAAGCUGGGUUUUGCGGAUGGGGCUUCUGGGCACAUUAGUCUUCGGGAUCCCGUCGACCCAACGACCUUUUGGAUCAACCCCUACGGCAUCCACUUCGGUCUAUUAAAGGUGUCCGACAUGGUCCGGGUUGAUGAGGAAGGGAACAGGGUAGGCGGUGCGCUAAAGCCUGUCAACACGGCGGGCUUCAUCAUCCACUCUGCGAUUCAUCAGAAGCGACCCGAUAUCAAUGCCGCUUGUCAUAUGCAUAGUCCGUACGGAAGGGCGUGGAGCACCUUUGGCAGAGGGAUUGAUAUGCUGAAUCAGGAUUCAUGUAUGUUCCACGACGACCUCUCGGUAUACCCAGCCUUCGGCGGUGUGGUCUUCGCAAAGGAGGAAGGGCAGCGCAUUGCUGAUACACUGGGGCCCAAGCACAAGAAUUUAAUCAUGCAGAAUCAUGGCCUCCUCACGGCUGGUGAGACUGUGGCUGAGGCGGCGGCGUUUUUCAUUGCGUUGGAGAGAGCAUGUCAGGCACAGCUUCUGGUAGAAGCAGCUAUAGCGCCUGGGUCUAUAGGCGGUGCUGGUGGGUUGGGGAAAACCAUUGUGGAUGAGGGGACUGCGGCAUAUACCAAGAGAGGAACGGGGACGCCGGCGGCGAUGUAUAUGCAGUUUGAUCCUGAGUACCAGCUGAUUCUCGAGGAGACCGGUGGGCGAUUCCUGAAGUGA